GCUACAGCAACUGAUUUUGAGCACCGGGCCAUUUAAGUCUCCGCUAGAACCUUCACACCACGGUCAUGACAGAUCUAGCCACCCAACGUAUCUCUUUGGACCUAACACAUGUACUCUAUGAUCCUUCUUCAGACACUUCGUUGGUACUUGCAUUGCUGACGCUGAGUCCAAUCCUUCUCAUGCCUGCAUAUGCAGUACUCGCAGUAUAUACCCGUGAAUUGACCAUCAUCAACAUGUGGACAGGACAACUCCUUUCAGAGGGUUUGAAUUUGGCGUUAAAGCACAUUUUCAAACAGGAGCGUCCAGUUGAUGGCCGGCUUCACCUUAAUGGUUAUGGCUUUCCCUCGUCGCACAGCCAGUACAUGGGCUAUUUUUCUGCAUUCCUGAUCUGUCACGUGUAUUUUCGACACCGCUUUGCAUCCACAGGAUCCAUCGUGUUCGAUCAGCUUUUCCGAAUAGUUGUCUACCUUGGACUAGCUGCGUGGUGUGCCAUCGUUGCAUAUUCAAGACUCAACUUGCUGUACCACACGCCCCAUCAAGUUAAAUGGGGCGUUAUGAUUGGCUUGGUAUUAGGUGUUUCACAUUAUGUGUGUACCGAACUACUUUCAGCUAAAUUUCCGGACUCUAUGUUUGGACGAAUCCGAUUUGCCAUAGUAAAUCACCCGAUAAGCGUGUGGCUACAGCUAAGGGAUGGCUGGGGGGUCUGGGCGGAUGGUGGGAGAGGAGCUGAGUGGGAGCAGUGGAGAACUGAAUGGCUGAAGCAGCAUGCACGUCUAGCAGGGAAGAAAAAGACAUGAGCUUCAUCUUAUGUUUUAUCCAUCAGAUACAUGAUUGCGCACCACAUCUUGGCUUUUACCUGCCCCAAUGCAUAUCAAGUUUAGGAUGGCACCGCAACCCCAAGGCAAAUGAUUUCUCAUGAACAAAAUAAACUUUCCUCGUGGAAGCCUAAAUUCAACUAAUCUGAGUGCUACUAAAGGAGUUAAC